UAGCCAGCCUCCCGUUUGGACAACAGUAAGGAACAGAAGAAAACGAAUCGUGUUUGUCUAAUUUAGACCCCAGGAAAACAGUACUGCUUGACWUAGUUUUGUUGGUUAAAACUUGUUUAUCCUUCAACCGAAUAUCGUAAAAUGAUAAUUUUUUCCCCCAUCUACCUUGGAGUUUGAAUGAUGGACCCCWCGGAGGAUUUAUCUGCUCGGGUUCUGCUGAAACAUAUUCUCAGUACCGAGCCUGCUAGGACCCCUGUCACUCGCAGUGACUCACAGGCACCGAGUAGCAGCAGUCUCCGGCGCAGCAGCAGACUGAGCAGGAAAAAAUCUGAAGCCCAAACCCCCCAGGACGUGCUGAGGCGCAGCCUGAAACACAAGAUUCAUGAAAGCAUAAUCAGAAAAUCACUGUCUGCCACAACUAAACUAAGGACCCCMUCAGUUGUGCUUGAAAAGCGGCCUUCUGUCUCAAUGCUUGUCAGCAAUGAAGACACCCCAAGACACUUACUGAGAAAUAUUCUACAAACCGAGCCUGUGAGGUCUCCUGCCGUUCAUGAGAGGGAGCACUCUGAAGAGCCUGAUCAGCAAUCAGCUGACGAAACUGCCAUAAAAACAAAUUCUAGUAUUGAGCUGUCAGGGUUGGAUCUGCCUGAUCUAACUAUUAGCAAUGUUGCAAGCAUUGCAAAGGGACUGAGCAGAAAGAGACCACGCCAGAGCCUUGAUGUCACGGCUUUUGAGAAGCGACUGAAACCUGGAAACUAUGCUGGAGAGGAACCUGAAAACUCAGCAGGCGACUCUUCAUCCCUUUCUUUAUCAAGCUCCAGCUCCUUGAGUCUAACAACACCAUUCGCUGAUGUUCGGACUGAAAAAAAGGGUCUGCAGAGGAAAGUUUCCAACCGGAGAAAAAUUACAGAGAGAGAAUUUGAAGCUGCUGUGAGCGAACAACAUAUUGGAGAUGUAAGGAGGUGUAGUUUAGUCGAGGAGAAUAUCUGUGAGAGUACCGGCACUGAGGGAUUCACGCUGGGUCUCAGCAAACUCAGCAUGCCUGAUAUAACGGCUGAUAUUGUGAACUGCAACACAGCACUUUAUGACCAGCCUGACGCCAUGAUCUCCAGCUUUUCAAUCCUUGCUACUCAGGACAAAGCCACGGUCAUGUCGUCGCAGCUUCAGACGGAUAUGACAGAAGCAGAGCAGGAAGAGGAGCGGUGCAGGACAGAGAGAGACAAAUCACAGACUGUACUUCCAAGAGAAGAAGAAGAAGAAGCUGCUGCUGAACCUCAGGCCGAGGAAGGCCAAAAUCAGCUUGAUGACAAUGCUGCUGAUGCUUCUGAAUCUGAGAGGGAGGAAGAUGCAGUUGAAUCUCAUGCAGCUGCUCAAACUGAAGAGGAAGGAGCAGCCAGUUCCCAUUCAGAAGAGAGAGAAAAUUUAGAUGAUCUGACUGAGAAAGAGGAGGUUUCUCCAGACUCUCAAAGAGAUGAAGAACUAGUUGAAAAGGAAGAAUAUUUUGCGGGUUCCCAAACUGAGGAAAGUUCUCCAUCUGAGGAAGAAGAGGGCGAACUGGGCUUUCAGACUGAGGAAGUUGAAGUGGUUGCCGUGUCUCAAGAGGCUGAAGCUGGGUCAGAGGAAGAGGAGGUUUCGCCCGACUCUCAAACUGAGGAAGAAGAUGCAGCAGACUCCCAAACUGAUGAAGUUGCAGCAGUUUCUUCAUCUCAAGAUGAUGCUGAAGCUGCUUCUCAAUCCAAGGAGGAAGCUGAAGAUGAAGAUGUGGCUGAGUCUCAGACAGAAGAAGAAGAAGAAGAGGAGGAAGAAGAGCAACUGGAAGGUGGUUUGGAGCUCAUCAGUCGAAAGGCUCAUCACUCUGAGGGUGCGCUUAUUCUGCCCAUCACGGAAGCAAAGAAUGACUUGGAUGAUGGAAUUGCAGCAGGGUUGCCUGAUGCCAAGUCCAAAAUGUACAGUACUUUUGACUUAAAUACCAGUGCAGAGUUGGGAAUUGCUGAGAUCAGUCAACCCCAAAUCAAGAAGUUGGACAUGGCCGAACUCUCAGUUCCAGAUCAGGAACCUGUUCCCUGCGUGGAGAACAAAUCCAGGACUGAAAAUGAGAACUCGUUUCAGCCUCAUGGACGGACGCUGGACGCUGAAGUCAGUGAGCGCGAGAGCGUUUCUUCUCUUGAAGACGCUCAGAACUCUGAUGAACAAGAAGAGGACUGGGACGAUGAAGAAGAGGAAGUGGUCCAGAGCAAGACACCAGCAUUUGUCAAAAAGAAAAGGAACUUCUUUCACUCUGGUUCUCCAGCAUCGCCUUUGGUUUUAAAAAAUACUGAAGCAAGUGUGAGAAGCGAAGUUGUACCUGCAGCUAAACCCAAGCAGGUGAGACGGAGAAAAACAGGGACAGCUAGAAAGCAAGGAGUCCUUCCUAAGACCUACCUCAUGAGUGUCUUYAGACACUUUGCCAAAACAAAGGUCUCUGCAGAUGUUUACCCCGUUCUAAAUGAGAUAACGGAUAAAUUCUUGGACCGGCUGGCCGAGGACUUGGAGACCUACGCUGCCCAUGCUAAAAGAAAAACUAUUGAGGUUGAAGAUGCUAUACUUCUGUUGAAAAGGCAGGGUUACGUGAAUGACAAGGUGCCAGUGGAGGUGCUUAUUGAAAAAUAUCUUCGUAUGGAACAGCGAAAGCUCCUAAUCCCGAUGGCAACCAGUGGGAAUGUUGUUAUCCCUAAAAAAAGGAAGUAAAUCUUUUCGAAACAGAUGAUUUUUAUUUGAGUUUGACUUUUCUCCCUCUUAACGAUUAAUUAAUUGCAUGUGUGGCCCUAUGUAGAACUGUUGAUCAGAGCAUAAAUGUUUCACUAUUUGCAAAUAUUCACUUUUGUGUCAUGUAGUUUUCCUUUUUAUGUGUUUUUACUGUUAAAUGAAAGGGCGUUUGUAUAUUUCUUGUGGGUAUUUGCUCGUGGAAAGCUUUUCUUUAUUAAGAAUUCAUCUGGAACUUUAAGUCUUUUGAAACCUAUAUUCUGAUUGUAUAAAACCUAUGAAUCUUCUGAGCUUAUAAAGCUAACAUGAUUUUAAAUAAAGUUUUCUAUCACAUGUUUGAA